AAAAAAUAGCAAUUUAGGCACAAGUUUGCUGUGCAGGAGAUAAUGCACCCCAUGAGUGGCCAAGGAAGCGUCCUGUGAGUGACCUCUAUGCUCAAUCAGGGCUGGUUGCACGCCAAAGACUCCUGUGGGUAUGGUGGUAACGAGACAGCAGCUGUCCCUGUCAAAUCUGGACUCUUCUACCUGUAACACACGUGUCCAGCAAAGUGGAACCGAUUAGAAACUGCAAAGACCGAUUUGUGAACAGCCACACGUAAAUAGUGCGCUUCUGUUUGGGGGUGCUGCUUUGUGACCGAUCCCAAGCACUGAAUGCUGCAGAAUUAAAACAGGCCUUCAUGUGGGUUCCAAACAUGUGAGCAGUGUUAAUGAGCUGGAACUGGGCUGGGGCUGUCCCACUGAGAGCAAGGAAGGACCCUGGCUAAGUGGGCAGCCCAGGGUACCCGGCCUGGCUCCGGCCCCACCGCUCCCUUGCUGGCGUCAAAGCCAUUUCUUGGCUUGCCCAAGACCUGUCCUGUGGGCUGGGAGCCAUGGCCAGGCCCCAAGAGCUGAUGGGACUGCUCUCAGCCCUAUACAUCACCAGCAUGUGCCAGCCCUGACAAAGAGCCUUUGAGCUGUCGUUGCCACUAUUGGCAGCUGGCAUCCAUCCCAGCAGCCUGACCAGGACACUCAGCACAGUGUGACCGAAACCACCUUACUUACCAUGGGCUGCCUGGGACCAGAAAUACAGUCAGGGCACGGGGACAGCAUGGCAGUUCCCAGUGUGGCACCCUACAGCCCUGCUCUGGUUACAGCCACCUCCCUUCUCCCCGUGCUGCUCCCUCCCUUCCCGCUCCAGGUGUUUGCUCCUGAGGCUGAUCCAGCUCUCAGGAAAGCCACAGGAGACAGCUGAGCCCCAGGGAACCUGCUUGUUUGGCAGCUGGAGCAGCUCACACCACUCCUUGUCACACUGUCCUGCUGCUCACUGGAUCGUUCGCCCUCUCCACCCACUCCCCAAGGACACCACUGACUUCUCUUUCCAGCAGAGCCACUGGGCUCUCGCUGGGCAAUCAUUUACUUGCUGAUAAAUGCAGUUUCAUGGGAAGAAGGGAAGGAUGCCAGAAAAAUCAUUUGUAGAUUGGGCUCACGUUUGGUUGGCACUUUGACUUGAAAAGUUUUGGUUUGGGGUUUUGUUUGUUUGUUGGUUGGUUGGUUGGUUGGUUUUAUUUUUGUUUUUUACUUAGAAAAUUCUUGAUCCAUUUUGGACUGUUUCCAAUGUUUCUGAGUGAUAUUUAUUGGCUGCAUAUAAAACCCCACACCUAAAUGAAAGAUCUGAUCUCCUGCUGUACCAACGCUCUCUUCAGCACCAGAGGAAAGUUUGUUUUCUGUUCUGCCGAGCCAGGCAGAAAGUUUUGUUUUGGAUUGCCUCAAAUGUUUUGCUUACAGGACACUUCUCAAGGACCUGCACAAGAAAGAAGUCACCUGAGAUGCUGCACAAUGCCUGGAAACUGCCCUGUGCUUCAUGAAAGCUUUGGAUCCUCCUCACAUCCCCUCACUUUUCCCAUGCUGUGUGCCCAGCACUGCUGGUAGUGGCUGCUGUUCCUUUGCUCCUAAUUAUGGAGGAGCAAAUUGAGAGGAUUGGAUGUGCUUGUUGGACAUUAAAGACUGCAGAGAUGAUUUUGGUGUUGUGAAUGCCUGCAAUUGAGGCAAAUUCCUUGUUUCUCUGUCUUAAUGGAUGAGAUCCGUUGCCAUCUGUUUGCCAGCAUGAGCUCCAGCAUAAAUCCGGGAAGGAGCAGGAUAUGUCCCACCACUCUCCCUCCAGACGAGGGUGAUCACUGGCACAUACCUUCUGAGGUCACCUCUGGGACCAGUGCCUGUGUCCCAGCACUGGUAGUGAUAAGAUCUGCUGGGACAGUUCGCAGUGAACCAAGGAGUCCCCAUGCCCUCCUCUCCUGGGCAAAACUGCCCAGAGUGCUCCAGGCAAGAGGGAGGGAUUUCUGCACACUUCAGAUUUUGUGUUUAUGCCUCUCAAAUAUUUUUAGUGCUCAUAAAAUUGAGAAACUGGGAGAGACCCAGCUGGGACCAGUAUGGUACAACCCUCACCCAGAGCCUUCCCAAGGCGACUGGGACCUGCCCAGUCCCAUGUCUCAUUUCAGAAGGACAAAUAGACCUGUUCCAAGUCUCUUGCACAAGCACAACCCAGCUGAUUUCUCUAGGAAAUCCUGGGGAGGAGUGGGGGAAGGGGGGAGAGGGAGUUGCCUCUCAGAUUCAUUUUCAGUCACACAUAUCUUCAUGGGGAAGUGAUGGUGGCUGAACCUCAAGGGUGCUAAUUGCUGUGAGGGAGGGGAAGGGCAGCUUGCAAUGAAUCUGGUUUUAUGGGUGCUGGAUGUGAUGGGACAACCCUGAUGUGGAGUUUCCAGUAUUGCCCAUUUGAGCAGCCUGAGAGCAGCUGCUACUGAAAGAGGUUCCCAAAUCACGGGUGGGUACCAGCGGCUGAGGGGUGAGUCUCGAGUGCGAGCAGCCAGUGGAGCAUGACCAGCUCCAACAGGCCAGUAGAACAUGGUGAUGAUCUGCAGAUUGAUAAGAAGGGGCCAUGCAAGGCAGUGCAGCAAGGUGAGACUAUCAGGCCAGUGGAAAAGCUAUUAUCUUUUGUGCUCUGCCUGCAGAGGUUGGGUAGGGAGGCAGGGACAGAGCUACUGCCAUGGGAUGGCCCAUGCUGGUCCUCCUGGGCUCUGCAGGAUCAGGGCUUUGCACAUUUGGGAGACUUCACCAAUUCAGUGAGAACCCAGAUUGGAAAGAUUUGCAGUGUGAUUUCUUCUGCUGAAAUGCAACUAUACAGUGUAAUUGCUAGUGACUAUGCUAUCAGGAUAUAGCAAGUUCCUUUAUGUUGUAAAAUGCUCCUUUGUGCCUCUGUGUCUCCUAUCUCAAGAUUUCUAAGAGCUGCUGCAGGGCGGGGUUGAAGUCUGGUCCUGCCAUGAGGCUGUUAGGAGAACACACAACUAUCAACAGUGCUUCUGGCAAUCAGCACUCCAGUACUGCUUAAGGUUCAGCUUCUUUCUGGCUGAAGGUCUCAGUGUGUACAGCUGCAACUGCCCUACAGAAAUCACAGGUAAUGGGAUGCCCAAUGAAUGUCACAUAGAUAGCUCAGCUGAGCAGCAGCACAGCUUACUUGCUGCUCUACUCCCAGAUGACCCUACAUGGUUAUGCCUGUUGCUGGCUUGUUGUUCUGCCAUAGAGAAGUGUUCCUUGCACCUGAUCUGCAUUUCCAAGGCUUUUUCCAAAGCCCUGUAUGGGGCCCAAAUGAGAUCUGACAGUGAUUUUAUGUAGCCAUCAGUCUCUUCAGGAUCAUCCCCAGCAUUUUUCUGCCAUUUGUCAGUUUGAGAAGAAAGGAAACAAGAAAUAAUAAUCAACUCAAAUUAUUGCCUAAUCAACACAGAAAUCAGUGCUGCUUGCUCAGCCUGCAGGCCACAAUUAGAUGCCAUCAGCAAAUUCGGGCAGCUUGCCUGGGCUGCAGUCUUUCAUCUCUGGAAGACUGACAGGCCUCUCUCGGAUCUGCAGGCAGAGGAAGGAGCUGGGAUGCGUUUGAAGGACUUGGCUCGUGGGGAAGGAACACAUGGUUCAAAACCACAGAAAAAGGAAAGUUAUGUUUUAUAUAACACUAAAGGAAGCCCUAUGCUGGAGGAGGGGACAUUAACUCUGCAGCUGAGGGUUGUAGUGCCAAGCUCUUCAGCCUCCUUUCUGUCACCAUCUCGGGGCACUGCCCUGGUCCAUGCAGCUCAGCUUAGCUUGUCCUGCCAAGAGGACACGGUGGUUAAACCACCAGGAAAUGAUGAGAUGUGUCAGUUCUAUAUCCCUGUAUAUAUGUGGCAGCUUUGGCAAGGUCACUGCAUGCCUGUGCAUGAUCUUGACUUUUGGUUGGAAGCGCCUAUCUUCCUCUUCCUCUUGGGACUGUCCCGCAGACUUUCUUCCCAUCAGUAAAGAGCAGGACCUGCGCCCAGUGACUCAGGCUGACUUGGUAUCCUCGGUACUGGUGUUGGAAAAGGGCAUGUGCAGAGCAGGGCCAUAGUGAGGGGAGAAGGAUAUGAUGCAGGCAGGGAAGCUGCCAGGGUGGCAUGGUCAGGUCCAGGUCCAGGAAGGGGACAGGAAGGGGUGUGGGGCAGGACUGAGCAGGGGGCUGGACACCCAGGCUCCAUAGCUAGGAGUCCCAGGGAGGCAGGACUCAUUACUGCAGCAAGCCACUGGGAGAAGACGUGCUGGAGCCCUGUCCUUCCUCCCAGAGAGGAAGGAGGGUGAGAGCACAGAGCAAGCCUGGAGCCUCCCGCAUCUGAAAUGUGAUCCUGCUAGAGGCACCUCCCUGGGCCCCACCUUGCGCUCCCCAACAUAUAUAUGUCACCUGCCAAGGGCACAGGGGACACGGGCUGACACGCUGUGUCCGGGCCUCAGGCAUCCUUGCAGAUGGAGCGGACGAGGCACCAGGGGAUGGCAAAGAACACCUACAUGCGCUGGCGGCUCCCACUCAUCUGCCUCCUCUGGGAGGUGGCAAUGAUCAUCCUCUUUGGGGUCUUUGUGCACUUCGGCCCUGAAGCUGAUGCACACUGGGAGGAAGAGAAGCAUCAGAUGAACCUUACCAGUGACAUUGAGAAUGAUUUCUACUUUCGAUAUCCCUCUUUCCAGGACGUUCACGUGAUGAUCUUUGUGGGCUUCGGCUUCCUCAUGACAUUCCUCAAGCGUUACGGAUUCGGAGCUGUGGGAUUCAAUUUCCUCCUUGCUGCUUUUGGAAUCCAGUGGGCUCUCCUGAUGCAAGGCUGGUUCCACUCUUUCCAGAAUGGGAAGAUCCUUAUUGGAGUGGAAAACCUGAUCAACGCUGAUUUCUGCGUGGGUUCUGUGUGCAUUGCCUUUGGAGCCAUUCUGGGCAAAACCAGCCCAGUACAGCUUCUCAUCAUGACUUUGUUUCAAGUCACACUCUUUGCAGUGAAUGAGUACAUCCUCCUCAACCUGCUUCACGUUAAGGACGCGGGUGGCUCCAUGACCAUUCACACCUUUGGAGCCUACUUUGGCCUCACUGUGACACGUUUCCUAUACAGACCCAACCUGGAGCAGAGUAAAGACAGGGAAGGCUCUGUGUACCACUCUGACCUCUUUGCUAUGAUUGGUACCCUAUACCUGUGGAUGUACUGGCCCAGUUUCAACUCAGCUAUUUCUGAACAUGGGGAUGCCCAGCAUCGGGCUGCCAUUAACACAUACUGCUCCCUGGCUGCUUGUGUCCUCACCACAAUGGCCUUCUCCAGCAUGCUGCAGAAGAAAGGCAAGCUUGACAUGGUCCACAUCCAGAAUGCAACGCUGGCUGGUGGAGUGGCUGUGGGCACCAGUGCGGAGAUGAUGUUGACCCCAUAUGGCUCCCUCAUUGUUGGGUUCAUCUGUGGCAUUGUGUCCACAGUGGGGUAUGUCUACCUCACGCCUAUUUUGGAGUCCAAGUUGCACAUCCAGGACACAUGUGGCAUCCACAACCUCCAUGGCAUGCCAGGCCUUAUAGGGGGCAUUGUGGGAGCCAUCACUGCAGCUGCAGCCACUGAGGAUGUAUAUGGAAAGGAAGGGUUUAUCAAGGCAUUUGACUUCACCGGCAGCUACAAGACGCGGACGCCCAGCGUUCAAGGAGGGUUCCAGGCGGCCGGCAUUGUCGUUUCUCUACUGAUGGCUUUCGCUGGAGGAACCCUUGUGGGAGCCAUCCUGAAGCUGCCCAUCUGGGGCGACGCGGCCGACGAGAACUGCUUCGAGGAUGACAUCUACUGGGAGGUGCCCGAGGACGAGGAGAGCGACGUGUACCACAUGCACAACCCCGACAAGGCCGCCUCGCCCUGAGCCGCCAUGCUGCCGGGCUGCCGCCGCCUCAGCGGGACGGCGGGGCUGCCCUCGGGGGCGGGAAGAUGGCGGCCGCCAUGUCAGGAGCAGCGCCCUGCCUGUGAGGAGAAAAGCCUCGUGGCGAAAGCGUGGGGGGGAAACACCCGCUUCCCCACUGGCUCACUUUUGUAAUUAGUUCCUGUGAACAAAAAAUAAAAGCGUGGCUCUUUUUCAUAGUAUCGGCCGCUGAUGAAAGCGGAGGGCAGCGGGGCACAGCAUCCGGGAUGGGGCUGAGCCCCUGUGCUGCGAUGUGGGGAUGAUGGUGUGGGUGUGGGAGCUCGCAGUGCUGCCAUAGCCUGCUUGUAGAGUAACAGAAUGGGGGGGACCCAUAUGGAUCAUCAAAAGGCCAACUCCUGGCUCCACACAGAACCACCUAAAAAUCAGACCAUAUUCUUGUGCUGCCCGCCGUCAUUUUGUCUUGGCUUCUUUACUGAGGCCUCUGCCAGCUCUUUGUGAGCCUUGCUUGUGCGUGGCGUGCAGACCAGCAAGGCCCUUUCCUCUUCUUCAGUGUCAUCCAUUUGUUACAGUAUCGUCAGUGGGCCCACCAGAACCUGAUGAGGUUCAGCAAGGCCGUGUGCAGGAUGCUGCACUUGGCUCGAGGCAAUCCCAGGUAUGCUUACAGACUGGGAGAAGAACCCACUGAGAGCAGCCCUGCGGAAAAGGACCUGGGGGUCCUGGCGGAUGAAAAGCUGGAUGUGUGCCCACUGUGUGUGCCUGCAGCCUGAAAGGCUGAUAGUAUCCUGGGUUACAUCAACAGAGAGGUGGCCAGAGGGAAGGGAUUGUCCCCCUCUGUUCUGCCCUUGUGAGGCCCCCUCUGGAGUGCUGCAUCCAAGUCUGGGCCCCUCAGAACAAGAAGGGUGCGGAGCUGUUGGAGCAGGUCCAGAGGAGGGGCACAACAAUGCUCAGAGGGCAGAAGCACCUCUCCUAUGAAGAAAGGCCGAGGGAGAUGGGUUUAUUCAGCUUGGAGAAGACUGGGGAGACCUCAUUGUGGCUUCCCAGUACUUGAGGAGUGUUUAUAAGCAGGAGGGGGACUGACUUUUUACAUGGUCUGGUAGUGAUAGGACAAGGGGAAAUG